AUGCCUGCCUGCCGGCACCGCUUCCUCUCCUACACUUCGCACCCGCUAUCCAUCACACGCACAACUCGCCCUGUCACUCGCUCCCAGAUGCCCGCGAUGAUGGGCAAGAUGGAGGUCAUGACUCGCGAGCACAUGGAGAUGCUGCGAAGCUCUGCCUUUGAGAGCGAGCACGCACAGCUCUACGACACGUCCUACAUGCAGCACGAAGCCGCCGCCCUCGCCCUGGAGCAGGAGAUCGAGCACUCGCUGGUCAGCAUAUCCCCCGACGAGAACUCGGACGAGUACCGCCGCAUCGCGCGCACCCAGAUCAUGUUCCACCGCGAGCGGCAACGGGCGCUCAAGCCGCACCUGGAGAGCGGCAGCGGCUUCGAGGACGAGGACGGCAACGAGUGCGUCUUUGUGCCGGCGCCCAACCACUGGGGUGCGAAUGGCGACCUGGACGAGGAGAGCGGCAGCUUGUCGUCGGUGCACAACCUCCUCACAUGGCAGGCCAACUACUCGCCCAUGUCCUACACACCACUCUACGAGGAGAUGCCCUCGCCGGAUAUCCCCUUCUAUACCAUGCUCGACCCCUCACAGCCGCCCGUCACCUACCACCUCCACCGGACCCGCGAAUGGACCACCUCGGCCUCCCGCAAGUUCAUCUACACGGCACGAGAAUUCUCCGACAGGUAUUCACUGUAUAGAUUGGAAGCCGAGUCACACCGCGGUGACAACCAGGUCACUUCAGCCAGCUUCUUCCGUGUCGCCGAGUACCCGCAGUCCUGCAUUGAUGUCUUGCUAUCGGGCAUCGACAAGCUCGACGCCAAAGCCGCCUACAAGUCGCGAUGCAUCCACCUCCGAGGCCCGUUCGCCACACCUAUCAAGGAAUACCCCGACAGGCAGAACAAGAUCCCGUGGUCACCUCGGAGGUUCACGUAUGGUGGUCGAAAGUUCGUGUGGAAGCCAGGUGACCCGCACGACGAUGUGAUGCCCGAGACGCUUUACGAGUACAAAAAGGAUUUCGUCAAGCCCGGCAGCCGGAGCGGAAAGAAGGUUGAUGAUGCAGCACCAACAAAGCUAGUUUGGGGCGAGAAGAAGCGGAAAGGCAAAGUCGAGAGCUAUACGAUUCAUUUCGCGGGCGGCGUGGAUCAGGUGUUUCGAGAACUCCUACUGGCAAGCCAAAUGGCGCGACAGGUAUGCUUGUUCACAGCAAUGGAGUGA